AUGGCGGACCUCCCGCUGAUGGAGAAGCCAAAAAGAACUCGCAAAACACAUCACAAGGUUAGGACUGGAUGUAUAACGUGCAAGGUCCGGCGCAAGAAGUGUGACGAGGAGAAACCGUUUUGUCGCCGCUGCACAAGUACUGGUCGAAAAUGCGACGGCUAUGUCAGUCAGACUGCCGACCAACCUUCAACGUCAGAAGAGUCAUCACCGCUGUAUACCGAAGCCGACGCAAAGCGACAGAAGACGGGCACUGGCAAAGUUGCUAUCCCGGCAUUGAACAACUCGAAGACCCAAUCCGCUCUAGACAAACUCUGGCGGCCGCCAUCCAAUGUCAUGUUUGAGUCGGACAAUGACUUCUUCUGUUUCGACUUCUUCCGGUCUCGGACGGGCCCCGAGUUCGCUGCAUAUUUCGACAGCUCAGUCUGGCGAACAUACAUUGUGCGAGCAUGUGUGCAACAUCCCACAGUACUGGCAGCAGCAGCAGCAGUCGGGGCUGUCCACCGAAGAUUCGAACUGGGAAUUUCGCGUGAGGCAUUUGAGUAUUGCGACAUUGCGGAUAAACUAUACCAGAAGGCACUCCGAAAGUUGUCGGAUGACAUGGCUUCACAUCCCAAUGCCGCCGAGAUCAACAUGAUUGUCAUGAAACUCUUCAGCAUUUUUGAAACAUUCCAGGGCAAUUACGAUGCGGCACAAGUGCACAUGACGAAUGGUCUCAAGGGCGUCCUGAGUGGAAAGAUGCGCACAACCUACAAGAAUACGCAGUAUCGUGCCGUUGAGGUAAACCAUGACAGUCUGAGGCGCCUCUUCCUUAGACUGGAGCUUGAGUCUGUCCGACUAUUUGGAGGCGCGGCCAAGAUCCUCAGCGAACCGGCAGAGUCAAUGCCUGGUCCAUAUCUCAGUCCAUUUUCCCCGACGGGGAGCGAAACCACCUCCUACCCUGACCCAAAUCCUCUUUCCAUCCCUCGCAUAUUCGACUCACUCUCGCAGGCCCGUGACAUUCUCUUCACAGAAGCAAAUUGGAUCUGGCACACAUGGGGUCUUCUCGAACAGGGCUUGCUGACAGGCACGGGUUUCCAGCGUCACCAAACACACAUCUCCCGUUUGUUGCAAUGGAGUAUGGCAUAUGCAGAAUACAGCAAGAGCGGAAAAUGCCGGAACAGCCCGCAGGAUCGACACAUGUCUCAGCUUCUCAAGGCGUAUCGCGAGGCCGCAUAUCUCCUGUUACUUACACAGAUGGCCUUUCACUCCGCUGAUACCGGUGAAGUGAUCGUGCCGUUGUGUGACCCGCCAGAAACCUGUGACUGCCACAAGUCCUGUCGGAACUACGCCGAGCGCAAGGAAGCCUUGAACGCCCACUUUGCACGCUUGUUGGUCCUGAGCGAGAGCAUUUUGAACCGUUCAUCCUUCUUCGCGUAUGAUGAGCACUCGAUGAGUGUCGACAGUGGAAUCGGACCCCCAAUCUACAUAGGAACAACGGACUGUCGGUCUACCAAAGUCCGGUAUCAAGUGACAUCCCUUCUCAACAAAUCGGAGAUCCAGUCCCGCGUAUGGGACACUUUGGGCGUCUACACCAUCGCCGAAAAGCUGGCGAGCAUCGAAGAACACGCGGUGGUCCAGUGCGGCGCUGUGGCGGAGGAAUUGGAGCCGAAGUGGGUUGAUAUCACGUUCUUCCUGGAUGAGAGGAAGGUACUGUUACGCUAUUGCCACGCCGAUCGAGAAGGGAGAGAGGGCAGAUUGCGAGGAACGGGAUUGUGGACCGGCGAGGAUCGAUGGGAAGAGAGCGGGAGCGGCGGUCUUGUCUGGACGCAGGAGUGGGUUGCCUAUUAA